CAAAGAUGGCGAAUGUUGUGCUCGAGUUUAAGGCUUCUGCCGGAGACUCGGAGCCGCUUAAUCGCCCAGUCCUCAUUGUUGGCCAGCUCUGUAACCUGCAACAAAUAAACUGGGCUCAGAUCAAAGGGAAACUUCAGCCGGUCGUCAGCAAAGAGAUCUGGCAAGCGGCCUUGAAUGUUGUGAAUCCAAACCCCACUGAUAACUGCCCAUUGUACCUGAACCAUGCAGCAGUGGCAGCCUUGCCUUCCCACGUCAGCAGACACAACAGCCCCUCUUCCGCCCAUUUCCUCACCCGCCUGGUUCGCACCUGCCUCCCUGCCGGCUCCAACCGCUGCAUCCUGGUGGUGUGUGAGCGCUCUGAUGUGUUUGCCUCAGCGUGUGCCAUUGCCCGGGCUUUUCCACUCUUCACACGCCGCUCGGCCUCCACACGCAGGACUGAGAAGAAGCUGGUUACCGUGGAAUUUGUCGUUGUGGGGCAAGACAAUGGCCCUCUGGAGUUAAGCAUGUUAGAGUGUCUCACUCAUGCCACAGACGGUGUGAGACUGGCUGCACGGAUUGUGGACACGCCUUGCAGUGAGAUGAACACAGAUCAUUUCCUCGAGGAAAUCCGGGCUGUGGGGAAUGAUUUGGGUAUUGCUCCAACCAUAAUUCGUGGAGAGGAACUUAAGCAGAAGGGCUUUGGAGGUAUCUAUGGUGUGGGUAAAGCAGCGGAGCACCCUCCAGCCCUGGCUGUUCUCAGCCACGUGCCCUCAGGGGCAACCCAGACGAUUGCCUGGGUGGGCAAGGGCAUUGUGUAUGACACAGGAGGCCUCAGCAUUAAGGGAAAAACUACAAUGCCAGGGAUGAAACGGGACUGUGGUGGGGCGGCGGCCAUUUUGGGAGCGUUCAGAGCUGCAGUGAAACUGGGUUUUAAGGAUAACCUCCAUGCUGUCUUCUGUCUGGCGGAGAACGCUGUGGGGCCGAACGCGACCCGCCCUGACGACAUCCACACACUUUACUCUGGAAAGACAGUAGAAAUCAACAACACUGAUGCAGAGGGUCGGCUGGUCCUGUCAGACGGAGUGGUCUAUGCUAGUAAAGACCUUGCAGCUGACAUUAUCCUGGAUAUGGCCACACUCACAGGGGCCCAGGGCAUCUCUACUGGGAAGUACCAUGCUGCAGUCAUGACAAAUAACGAGCAGUGGGAGGCUGCGUGUGUGCGGGCUGGGCGCAGCAGUGGCGACCUCGCCCACCCCCUGGUCUACUGCCCCGAGCUUCACUUCAGCGAGUUCACGUCAGCCGUGGCAGACAUGAAGAACUCUGUGGCGGAUCGUGAGAAUGCUCAGAGCUCUUGUGCUGGCCUCUUCAUUGGCUCUCACCUGGGCUUUGACUGGCCAGGUGUCUGGGUGCACGUUGACAUAGCGUCACCGGUCCACGCUGGGGAGCGUGCUACAGGUUUUGGUGUGGCUCUGCUCCUGGCACUGUUUGGCCAAGCCUCCGAGGACCCCACUCUGAACAUGGUUUCGCCACUGGGCACUGCUCUUAGUCCAUCAGCAGGGGAGCAGAUGGACAGAGACUGCAAGAGGAGGCGGCUCAUCUGAAGUGUUCACCAUUUCUCCAACACUCUGAGCAACAUGCCGGACAUCUCCUCUAGCCAACGAUCUCACAUUAACCUGUCCUCUUUCACCCUGCACUGAUCAGACCAACGGGAACAGUUUUACCCAACAAUGCCACUAAGUCAAAGUAAAAAUAUUCAUAAUGUUUAAUUGUAUCCGUAAAUAAAUAAAUGGCAUUCGAGGACCAUGUGAAGAGAGUUGUUCAUUUGAUUGUUUAUUAGAAUAAAACUCAUGAGAACAGUU